AUGCAGAAAGAUACGGAUCUGAAUUUUCGGGAGAUUCACGGAAGCGAGGACGCAUUUUUGGCUGCCGUCGACGAAAUUGAACGCGCUGCCCUCAUCGAACGACCUUUCCAUCUGCCUAUCAGCCUCCGAUUCAUUACGCCAUGCCCUGAUAGCAAAACCGGCCACGACUACAUCAUUACAGAUACCAGUACACAUCGAACUGGGAGUGUCUAUGUAGCUGUUUCGUAUACAUGGCUCCACGAGCAGUCUUUGAAUGGCCAGACAAUUCCGGAUUAUCGGGUCAGAGAUCUUUCCAAGGCUGAAGCGGUUCCACGACCACCGCAUUGUCCGCCCAUAGUCUUUCAUAGAGCCAUGCAAUAUGCGCAUGCGCGAGGCUUUACAUACGUAUGGAUAGAUCAAGAGUGUAUACAUCAAGAUGAUCCUAUCGAUGUUGAAAGACAUUUGCAGGUUAUGCAUCGCAUUUAUUCCAACAGCAAGGUCACGAUUGCCGUUUUAGCUACUACCAGUGGCACAAUCGACUUGCCAACCGCUCGCUACUUCAAAUCAUCACUGAAUCCCACUUCAUACGAGACGACAGAUCAAUCUGCCCAGGACGCUGUCUUCCAAAGUUGGUUUUGCGAUGUCUCGGAUGAUAGAUGGUUUUCUCGCACAUGGGCGUUCCAAGAAAAGCUGAGUGCAGAGCAUCUAGAAUUCCUGCUCCCCCUGACGGUUUGUACGUCUGUGGACUCGACUGAUUACGAAGACCUAUGUAUUGACAUAGCAAGGAUGUGGACCAUCGCUGGGUGGAGCUCUAUCACCUCCGCAGUGUCAGUAGAGAAGCAGGUAAAGAUGAUGAACCACAUGGAUAACAACAGAUCGAGGCCAGCACCUAGGAGAUUGGUACUCGAAAGCAUUGUCGACAUAUACGAGCAAAUGGAACAGUGUGAGAAUUCUGUGCUAGCAGACCGCCUUGCAAUCCUAGCGAACAUCUGCGAUCUUCCCUUUAGGCUAGCAUCGACAAAGCUGAAUCAUUCUCAAUAUGGUUAUAGCACAUGUCUGGUGGUUUUGAUAUUCGCAAACGUAUGGCCCGAUCGGGAGAAACGACAGAUGAAAUACAAGGAGUUGUCAAAUGACCUCAUGGAUGCACCGAUUGGCAUUCUGUUGUCAUACUUGGCCUGGCAGAUCAGCGUCGAUGGUCUCGACAGUAAACUUCGUACCGAACGCUGGGCAUACGAAUCCUAUAUAAAGAAGUACCACGAACACCGAGUAGAUGUAGAGAGAGUCAGGGAUUCUUACAAAGCACGGUCUCGUACCGUGUCCCGACGUGUGAGCCUCGAAUCAAUGGGCGGACGUUCUCAGUACGACAGCCGUUACCCCAAUCUGGGAUCUCUGGACCCUUCUACGACCCCCUAUGACCUCACUGCUGUACGCGGAUUCAAAUGGUCUGACCUUGAUCAGCCUAAUUUGCUCCCACCCGCUAUAUACGAAACAACUCUUUCAGACCUUGAUCAGGCUGAUUUGCUCCCACCCACUAUCAGCGAAACAACUCUUUCAGACAACCAUCUAAGGGUUGGAAAAAUGAAGGGUUUUGUUAUGAGAUACAUCCGAUUCAUCUUCAAGCGCAAAUAA